GGGGGAGACAUCGCAGAGGACGGAAAAUGAGAAGAAGCUUUGCAGGCGGUUGUAUUAUGGUACGUAAUGGAGUUUACUGCAGUUCUUCGUGCUCUUCUAUCUGUGAACCCACAGCAACCUACUCUUCGAAUUCAGCAACGACAUCAGGGCAGCAGCCUUCCAAUCGGAAUCAUUGUUCCUCCAUUUCAUCAGAUGCAUCUGUGAAUGGGACCCUUCAGCGGAGAAACAUAGAGGGCUCAUUCUCCUCAACAGCAAAACCCCAUAUCGAGGAUAAUCGAUGGUUAGGGCUAAUUCGUCUUGACAAGAAACCCGAAGGCACUUCCAAUGAUCAACCCCAUGAUGAAUUUUCAGGUGAUGUUGAGAAGAUUUACAGAAUCUUAAGGAAAUUCCACUCACGUGUUCCAAAAUUAGAACUUGCUUUACAAGAAUCCGGUGUUAUUAUCCGCUCAGGAUUAACCGAACGUGUGGUGAAUCGUUGUGGUGAUGCUGGAAACUUAGGAUACAGGUUCUUUGUUUGGGCAUCAAAACAACCUGGUUACACUCACAACCAUGACAUAUACAAAUCCAUGAUCAAAAGUUUAGGAAAAAUGAGACAAUUUGGUGCAGUAUGGGCGCUUCUUGAGGAAAUGAGAAAAGAAAACCCACAGCUUAUAACCCCACAAGUGUUUGUUGUAUUAAUCAGAAGGUUUGCUUCUGCUAGACUGGUGAAAAAAGCAGUCGAGGUGCUCGAUGAAAUGCCUAAGUAUGGCUGUGAGCCUGAUGAAUAUGUGUUUGGGUGUUUGUUAGAUGCAUUGUGUAAGAAUGGGAACAUCAAAGAAGCUGCUUUACUUUUUGAAGACAUGAGAAUGAGAGAAGCCGGUUUUGACCCCGACAUUGUUGUCUACAACAAUUUGCUCAACGGGUAUGCAGUUGCAGGUAAAAUGGUGGAUGCUUUUGACCUUUUGAAAGAAAUGAGAAAAAAAGGUUGUGAUCCAAACGCGACUUCUUUCACCAUUUUGAUACAAUCACUUUGUGGUCAAGAGAAAAUGGAGUCUGCAAUGCAGGUGUUGAUGGAAAUGGAGAGGUGUGGAUGUGAGGCGGAUGUUGUUACUUACACUACAUUGAUAAGUGGGUUUUGUAAAUGGGGGAAGAUUAAAAAGGGUUAUGAGAUAUUAGAUCACAUGAUUCAAAAAGGACAUACCCCAAAUCAAACGACUUAUUUACAUAUUUUAAAUGCUCAUGAAAAGAAAGAUGAAUUGGAAGAAUGUUUAGAGCUUGUGAACGAGAUGCAAAAGAUCGGUUUGUUUCCAGAUGUUAACAUCUGCAAUACGAUUAUUCGUUUGGCUUUCAAGUUAGGGGAUGUUAAAGAAGGGGUUCGAGUCUGGAAUGAGAUGGAACGGAAUGGAAUCAGCCCCGGAAUUGACAAUUUUGUGAAUAUGAUUCAUGGGUUAAUAGGUCAAGAAUGUUUGGUUGAAGCUUGUGAUUAUUUUAAAGAAAUGGUGGGAAGAGGUUUGUUUUGUGUUCCUCAAUAUGGGCUUAUGAAGGAUCUUUUGAAUUCGUUACUAAGAGGUGAUAAGAUUGAAGUGAGUAAAGAUGUUUGGAGUUGUAUUAUUAAUAAAGGGUGUGAGGUUAAUGUUUAUGCAUGGACGAUUUGGAUACAUGCACUAUUUUCAAAAGGGUAUGUGAAGGAUGCGUGUGGUUAUUGUUUGGAGAUGAUGGAUGCUGGAGUGAUGCCACAAGCGGAUACUUUUGCAAAGCUUAUCAAGGGGUUGAGGAAGCUUUAUAACAGACAGAUUGCUGUUGAGAUUACAGAGAAGGUGAGGGAGAUGGCUGCUGAGAGGAAAAUAAGUUUUAAAAUGUAUAAAAGGAGAGGUGAGAGGGAUUUGAAAGAGAAAGUUAAGGCUAAAAAUGAUGGGAGGAAAAGAAGGGCUCGUCGACGUAGGUGGGGCCAUGCUAAAGCUGGUUCCAUAUGA